AUGGCAUAUCAAGUCAUGGGCCAAAAUGAUGAUAUCUUUCCUGCGAGGAUCUGGGCUCAACAGAAAAUGUUAAGUGAGAACAGUGACCUUUAUUUAACCUGCAGCACAUUUGGUAGCAAGAAAAACAGUUCUGUUUUUCUUUAUUUGUGUAAAGAUGGUCGCGCAAUUAAGAACAUGACCCAGAAGGAAAGUCAAAAUGAUUCGACCUUCACCAUAAACAAUGUUGGUACUCAGCAUAGUGGAAAUUACAGCUGUGUUUUCUCCAAAGCCGAUCACCCACUUUCUGAAGUAGCCAAGACAGGAAUCAACACCCUAGAGAUUAUUGUUAUAGCCAAUUUUCUCCCUGCAGAUAUUUCAAUGUCUGGACCAUCCACUGUCAGUGAGGGAGAUAAUGUUGAAUUCAGAUGCACUGUUUCUGACAUCUUACAAACAUUCGAUAAAUGUCGGUUCAUUCACUCUUACUUGAAAAAGAAUGAGACUGUCCUCCAAGUGCAAAUGUUUAAUGUCACACGGAUGGAGGUGACUUUCACCAUUGGUGGUGCAGUCAUGAGGGAUUCGGGACAUUACACCUGUGUGGUGCUGCCAUCUAAGUGCCACCAAGAGAACAAGUCAAUACUGUAUGGAAACAAUUCAGUGUUCCUAGAAGUCAAAGAAAGUUUGGUCUUCCGAGUGACUCUCUUAUGUGGAUUUGUGAUCCACAUGUUAUUACUGGUUGGGUGUCUGUGUUGGAACAAACGAAGUUGGGUGAUCAAAGGAGAAUCAAACGAACAGCACGCAACUUUGUGCAAUCCAUGUGAAGACAGUCAACAGGCAAAUCUAGAUGUGGUUGAGAGAUUGGAGGAGAGGACAGAGGGACAGGAUCUGGAAGGACAAUAUGAUUCAAUAGAAGACUCUUUCAGCACGGACAACGAAGAGUCUCAGAAUAGUCUGGCUGUUGUGGACUCCACUUAUGAGAGCUAUGAGCCAGUGUACAAUGAAGCAGAGGCUGAACCUGCAAGAGCAGUACCUGUGUACACCAUGUCCCUCAAAAAGAAAAGACACAAGAUCUCUAAACACACAGAAUAAGGGGAACACCGGCUGAAGUUGGACCACCAUUAAGUCCAUCCAUGUCUCUUUCAUAGUAAGGCAAUGUUUAUGUUUAGAAUGAAUAUAAUCUUGCCGUUUUGUGGAAGUAUGGUGGCCAAGUUCCUCUUGAUCUCAGUUAUUUAGGAGGUAUUUUACUGGGCAAAUUAGUUGCAACCAAUGCACCAAAACAUUGAAUGAAAAGAGUGUGGGUGUCUACUAUUUUGUACAAUCAUGGCUUUAUAGAAUAUUCUGCUUUUUAAAGUGUUAAUGUUGUAAUUUUGCUAACUGAAGAGAUUUUAUUCUGUAUUAAACAAUACAGUGUCUCCUCCUCUCACAUGUAAUUACAUUACAUUUGUUCUCUGUUUUGUCAUGUGUAAAAUGUGUGCUGACAAAUGC